CGUUUUGGAACCCGAGUGAGAGGGCGACCCGUAUCCGGUAUUAUUUACCCGGUAACGAUCCGCUUGUUCCCCUUUAAAACGUGAGCCCUUGGAUUAGAUCCGGUAUUAUUUACCCGGUAACGGUCCGCUUGUUUCCCACUUUGUUUCUCUCUCAUUCACUUCAGUGUAGUACAGUAGUAGGAGUAAUCGCUUGUUGAGUCGUUGGCGGUUCGAGUUGUUAGACAUGGAGGCUUUGGUUACAUUACAUCCUCCACGUUGUUUUCUGACGAAAGGAAAGGGUUAAUUGCUCAAUAGAAAGAACAUCGCAUCAAAACCGAAUACAGUUUGACGCCUUGUAACUGUAAGUCUUCCCCGCCCGCCCCAAACUCCCUUUUGUAUCUAUCAACUUACAGCACUGACAUCGCAAAAUCCACGAAUUUCAUGUUGCAUAUCUAUUCCUAACAAAUUCCGAGCAAUGAAUCGUUUGGGUCUUCUCUGCCCUAGACGAACUAGGUAUAUACUCGAUACUUUGUAUCUCGUCAGGAAGAACCCUAGUUCGAAUUCUGCUACAGCCCUGCCCAACGCCUAUUGUUUCAGACUGGCAACUUCAUUUUCCCCUGAGGAUGAUUUCAUGUCAAAUUUUCAACUUGUUAGGAGUUGCUUUUCUGUUGCAAAGAUCCCUACUUUUGCUAGAAGUUACUGUUCUGGGAACAACGAUGUUGAUUCCAGCGAGUGGACUGAGGCUAUACAGUAUUUAGAUGAAUCCGGUAGCGUUAUUUAUUCCGGUAAGGGCAUAAGAUCAGUGGAGCCUGGGCUUGAUGACCAUGUAAUGGUGGGUGGGUUGAAGAAGCCAAUUUUGAAUGCUUCCGCUGUCUUGAAAAUUGUGGAAAUUGUAAAGAGGUGGAAAUGGGGCCCUGAAAUGGAGACCCAGUUGGAUAGACUUCAGUUUGUGCCCAACAUGACUCAUGUUACUCAGGCCUUGAAGGUUAUUGCUGAUACCGAUGCUUCGUUAAGUUUGUUUCGUUGGGCGAUGAGGCAAUCAUGGUACCUGCCUAAUGAUGAGUGCUAUGCUAUACUUUUCGAUAGGUUAAAUCAGAUCAGAGAUUUUGAUGGGAUUCAGUUGCUGUUUGAUGACAUGAUUCGUGAUUCUAGUAGACAUGGGACGUCUUCAUUUUGCGCUUACAAUCGGGUCAUUCAGUAUCUAGCAAAAGCAGAGAAAUUGGAGGUGUCAUUCUGUUGUUUCAAGAAGAUUCAGGAAUCUGGUUCUAAGAUCGAUACUCAAACCUAUAAUUCACUUAUAACCUUGUUCUUGACCAAAGGUUUGCCUUAUAAAGCGUUUGAGAUAUAUGAAAGUAUGGAAAAAGCUGGGUGCUCGUUGGAUGGAUCAACGUACGAGUUGAUGAUACCGAGUUUGGCGAAAUCAGGCCGCCUUGAUGCUGCUUCCAAGCUUUUCCAAGAGAUGAAAGAAAAGAAUUUCAGGCCGAGUUUCCUCAUAUUUGCCUCCCUUGUUGAUUCGAUGGGUAAAGCCGGUAGGUUGGACACCUCAAUGAAGUUAUACAUGGAAAUGCAAAGUUUGGGGCUCAGGCCUUCUGCAACCAUGUUUGUUUCCCUAAUUGAGUCGUUUGCCAAGGCUGGGAAGUUGGAAACUGCACUUAGAAUUUGGGAUGAGAUGAAGAAAGCAGGAUUUAGACCAAACUAUGGUUUGUAUACUAUGAUUGUCGAGUCUCAUGCGAAAUCUGGAAAGCUUGAGAUCGCUAUGUCAAUCUUUUCAGAUAUGGAGAAGGCUGGAUUUCUACCCACCCCAUCUACCUAUUCUUGUCUCUUGGAAAUGCAUGCGGGUUCUGGUCAAGUAGAUGCUGCCAUGAAGCUCUAUAACUCGAUGACCAAUGCAGGUUUGAGACCAGGACUAAGUACUUAUACUGCCCUUCUGACACUUCUAGCGAAUAAGAAGCUUGUGGACGUUGCCGCGAAAAUAUUACUGGAAAUGAAGGCUAUGGGAUAUGCGGUUGAUGUCAGUGCUAGUGAUGUUUUAAUGGUUUACAUCAAAGAUGGUUCUGUCGAUCUUUCUUUGAGGUGGCUGCGUUUCAUGGGUGCUUCCGGCAUCAGAACGAAUAAUUUUAUAAUCAGGCAGCUCUUUGAGUCGUGCAUGAGGAAUGGUUUGUAUGACUCUGCCAAACCUCUUCUAGAAACUUACGUGAAUUCUGCCGCAAAAGUUGACCUCAUACUUUACACAUCAAUUCUAGCCCAUCUUGUGAGAUGCCAGGAAGAGCAGAAUGAGAGGCAUUUGAUGUCAAUCCUUGGGGCUACAAGGCAUAAGGCUCACACUUUCAUGUGUGGACUCUUUAUGGGCCCAGAACAGAGGAAACAACCUGUAUUGACAUUUGUGAGGGAUUUCUUCCAGGGUAUUGAUUAUGAGAUGGAAGAGGGUGCUGCACGGUACUUUGUGAAUGUUCUUCUUAAUUACCUUGUUCUUAUGGGCCAGAUAAACCGAGCUCGCUGCGUGUGGAAAGUUGCAUAUGAGAACAAGCUUUUCCCAAAGGCCAUAGUGUUUGAUCAGCAUAUAGCUUGGUCACUUGACGUGAGAAACUUGUCUGUUGGAGCAGCUCUGAUAGCUGUAGUUCACACCCUCCAUAGGUUUCGGAAGCGAAUGUUGUACUAUGGGGUUGUCCCAAGAAGAAUGAAAUUGGUCACGGGACCUACUCUAAAAAUUGUUGUUGCACAGAUGUUAAGCUCAGUGGAAUCGCCUUUUGAGGUUAGUAAGGUUGUUCUGAGGGCUCCUGGGGAUUCUGUUUUGGAGUGGUUUAAGAAGCCAAUUGUUCAGCAAUUCCUCUUGAAUGAGAUUCCAUCAAGGGCUGACAUCCUCAUGCACAAGCUUAACACACUUUUUCCUAGUUCUGCUCCUGAAAUUAGAUCUCUGUCUCCUCCAAAACCACUUAUUACCGGGAAAGCAAUUUGAAUAAUGUGUUUCUGAAAGGAAAUUUGUAAGUUAAUUCUCCUUUUAGCAUUGCUGAUAUUUCAAGGCCUUUGCUGUGUUCACUUCUGCACAUGGGAUGAAAUUUGGAUGAUGAAAUCUUUAGAUGCUAACGUCCAUUUGACGUAUCAUGUUAUUUGAAUUUUAUA